AUGACACUGGCCACAGAAUGUCCCAGAGAUCUGCAGCGCGUGUCCCAACCUGUGGGGACGUUUCGUAGGGAGGCUGAAUUCGCAGUGACCUGUCCAGAUUGUGAAGGUCGCUGGAGGGAGACAGGGGGUUCUGGCAAUGGACAGGGGGUCAUAGCAAUAGGCCUUUUCUCUUAGAGGAACAUGAGCUUUACACUGAGACUGGGACUGAGAUAACUGAUGACAAAUUCAGUGUUAGGAAAUCAUUUUACUAUUUAAUUAGCAAUAUAAUUCAAGUUAUUCCUUGGUUUGCAGUGUGCUGUGCAGUAUGGGGAUGUUAGUCAUUUUCUAUUCGUCCAAACUAUUUUGUAUUUGUCAAAGCAAACAACAGCACUAGCUUGUUGGUUGUUAGUUUGAAAACCAGUAAAUUGUUCUGUGAGCCACACAUCACCAGUCAUGUCUGUAGCAGAGGAGUCUAGGCACUGCUCUGCUUUGAUCCCAGCCACCCCUCAGGGAGAGGGGGCAGAGAACCAGGGAAACGGACUCCCACAUUUACAUACUCUACUGUACGGCAGCAUGACAAAGUGUGGUGUAUUGCAGAUUUUCUGGGUGCAGCAGUCUCAAUGGUCUGUAUCAAGUCUACUGUUAAUGUUAAGCUGAUGUAGAAGUGGAGUAGACCUACUCUGAGUCGUCUGGGAUUAAAAUUGGUGUAGGAGGAGGCAGAGAGAGAGAGAGAGAUAUGGUAGAGUGGGGAGACUGAGUCGUUUGUUAUUCUGAGUCGUUUGUUAUUGUCAGGACCCACAUUUACAGUUGAAGUGGGAAGUUUACAUCCACCUUAGCCAAAUACAUUUCAACUCAGUUUUUCACAAUUCCUGACAUUUAAUCCUAGUAAAAAAAAUCCCUCUCUUAGGUCAGUUAGGAUCACCACUUUAUUUUAAGAAUGUGAAAUGUCAGAAUAAUAGUAGAGAAAUUAUUUAUUUCUGCUUUUAUUUCUUUCAUCACAUUCCCAGUGGGUCAGAAGGUUACAUACACUCAAUUAGUAUUUGGUAGCGUUGCCUUUAAAAUGUUUAACGUGGGCCAAACGUUUCGGGUAGUCUUCCACAAGCCUCCCACAAUAAGUUGGGUGAAUUUUGGCCCAUUCCUCCUGACAGAGCUGGUGUAACUGAGUCAGGUUUGUAGGCCUCCUUGCUCGCACACGCUUUUUCAGUUCUGCCUACAAAUGUUCUAUAGGAUUGAGGUCAGGGCUUUGUGAUGGCCACUCCAAUACCUUGACUUUGUUAUCCUUAAGCCAUUUUGCCACAACUUUGGGAAGUAUGCUUGGGGUCAUUGUCCAUUUGGAAGACCCAUUUGCAACCAAGCUUUAACUUCCUGACUGAUGUCUUGAGCUUCAAUAUAUCCACAUAAUUUUCCUUCCUCAUGAUGCCAUCUAUUUUGUGAAGUGCACCAGUCCCUCCUGCAGCAAAGCACCCCCACAGCAUGAUGCUGCCACCCCCGUGCUUCACGGUUGGGAUGGGGUUCUUCGGCUUGCAAACAUUCCCCUUUUUCCUCCAAACAUAACGAUGGUCAUUAUGGCCAAACAGUUCUAUUUUUGUUUCAUCAGACCAGAGGACAUUUUUCCAAAAAGUACGAUCUUUGUCCCCAUGUGCAGUUGCAAACCGUAGUCAGACUUUUUUAUGGCGGUUUGGGAGCAGUGACUUCUUUCUUGCUGAGCGGCCUUUCAGUUUAUGUCGAUUAUAAGACUUGUUUUACUGUGGAUAUAGAUACUUUUGUACCUGUUUCCUCCAGCAUCUUCACAAGGUCAUUUGCUGUUGUUCUGGGAUUGAUUUGCACUUUUUGCACCAAAGUACGUUCAUCUCUAAGAGACAGAAAGCGUCUCCUUCCUGAGCGGUAUGACGGCUGCGUGGUCCCAUGGUGUUUAUACUUGCGUACUAUUGUUUGUACAGAUGAACGUGGUACCUUCAGGCGUUUGGAAAUUGCUCCCAAGGAUGAACCAGAAUUUUCUGAGGUCUUGGCUGAUUUCUUUUGAUUUUCCCAUGAUGUCAAGCAAAGAGGCACUGAGUUUGAAGGUAGGCCUUGAAAUACAUCCACAGGUACACCUCCAAUUUACUCAGGCUAAUUGACAUCAUUUAUCAGAAGCUUCUAAAGCCAUGACAUCAUUUUCUGGAAUUUUCCAAGCUGUUUAAAGGCACAGUCAACUUAGUGUAUGUAAACUUCUGACCCACUGGAAUUGUGAUACAGUGAAUUAUAAGUGAAAUAAUCUGUCUGUAAACAAUUGUUGGAAACAUUUCUUGUGUCAUGCACAAAGUAGAUGUCCUAACCGACUUGCCAAAACUAUAGUUUAACAAGAAAUGUGUGGAGUGGUUGAAAAACGAGUUUUAAUGACUCCAACCUAAGUGUAUGUAAACUUCCGACUUCAACUGUACAUUGUAUCCCCCUCAGACAAAGGCACUUUCAUUUAUUCUCUGCUAUAGUGAGUACAGUACAGAGACACCCACUGCAUGGCUAUAGAUAGUGACAAGCUGCCACAUUGUAGAGGGCAUUAAGAACAUCCUCCCUUCCACCUCUCCCUAAUCCUCCCUCGGUCCUCUUCUCGCUGCCUGACUCAGCGCACUAAUUCUAGCACCCUGUCUAACACACACAGAGACAAUACGCUGGCCCCGUGGCACAUGUGGAUGAGCUUUCACUCAUCAUCAUUGUGUGUGUAGUGGUGAUGUCUCUAGUGUUGGGUUUCCCGGCAGUGUUUCUGUAAUCAGGUUAUGUCCAGGGAGGUCUGAGAUCAGAUCUUCAGUCAUUUGGGCUGUGUCCCAAAUGGCAAACUAUUCCCUUUAUAGUGCACUACUUUUGACCAGGGCCCAUAGGGUGCCAUUUGCGACGCGGCCCUGGUUUCCUCCAGUUAGGGUUUGGAGCAGAGCCAGAGAUGGGCAUCCACAAGCCUAUUUAUGCCUACUAUAAGUGUAUCCGGAGUUGGUGUGAAAAGCUUAGUUUGCAUUUUUGACCCCAUUCUGAUCCCCUCCCUUCCCCUGUGGCCCAGGGCCAGAGGAUUGUGGCUGAGUGUCUGUGGAUGACCUGUGGCUGACUGCCUGUGGAUUCAACAGCAUGAUCUACAGCAAGCUGAUUAAAAAUUAUGACAUUUGUUUGCCAUACUAAUAUAACUCAAAGCUAUCUAAAAUGUAUCUGACCAGUUUCCUUGUUUAUUAGUAUCAGGAAAUGGACUGGUACAGUGAAUGUAAAAAGGGUGGCAGGUAGCCUAGUGGUUAAGAACGUUGGGCCAGUAAAUGAAAGGUCGCUGGUUCGAAUCCAAGAUCUGAUUAGGUGUAAAGUCUGUCGAUGUUCCUUUGAGCAAGGCAAUUAACCCUAAUUGCUCCUGUAAGUCGACUAAAUGACAAAAAUAUAUAAAUAAACAAACAUGUUGCAAAUGGGCAUUUCCAUGUAAAAAGCCCCAUGAGCACAAACCUGUGGAGUUCAUAGGAGCAUAUCAAAUUUGGUGUCAAAUGAAAGCGAAGAGUCUAUAUUUGUGAGAAAUUAAGGCAUAUAUAAAUGUUUCUACCAUUUUCCAUCCGAAAAAUGUGUAAUAAGCAAAGGUUUUGAUUUCUGGUCAAACAGAUGGAAAAGGGCUUAGACAACAUCUACCAGAAAAAGUCUUAAAAGAUAUUAGAAAUACAUAAAAACACAAUGUUGAAGUAAAGACCCCUGCCAACUAAUAUCAACAUUUAUAUUUAAUUUUGCUGAAAUUAUUUGCCUUCUGUAAGUUUAAGAAAUUUUGCCUAGUGUCAUUCUGUUACCAAAAACCCACAUAUCUUUAAGAUAUUUUCUAAUUUCUCUCCAUCAUGAGGAGGGAGGUUAAUGAAAGUUCACAGAAGUUACAAGUAAAGGUAGACCUACCAAUUAGUUAUAGUGUUUUUACUGAUAACAAUGCGAUUUAUAUGAUUUAUUAAGUGAUUAAAACACAUCAUUCGUAAGCAAUGACCCAAAAAUAUGUAACAGAAUGACUGCAACUGAAUUGGCUACAAUGGGAAUUCAUAGUAGUCACAAACCACAGUUGGGUCACCUGCUACUGUCCUCCCUUCCACUGGCAUACUUUAAUGUUCAGCUCAUAACUGUUUUCUUUCUGUUGCAAGGUGGUCAAACCAAGAGUGUGAAAACAGUCUGGAAAACUCCUCCCUGUCUCUCAUCUCUCUCUCUCUCUCUCUCUCUCUCUCUCUCUCUCUCUCUCUCUCCAGUUAAUGUCUCCUCUCCCGGCUCUUACUGACACCUACCCAUGAUCCCCUCUCUUUCCAUUUACUGUAACCAGCCCUCUCACCCACUGAGCACCAGCCCGACACCGGACGUCCAUGGACGUUGAAAAGUAUUUAACCUUUACGGGAUCUGUGUCCCUUAUACGGGACUGUUGUUGCUCGAUAUGUGACUAGAAUGGUGUUGUAAACAACAGCCAACUUUCCGGGACAUAGACAUGUCUUUAUAUGGGCAGAAAGCUUAAAUUCUUGUUAAUCUAACCGCAGUGUCCAAUUUACAGUAGCUAUUACAGCUAAAAAAAAUACCAUGCUAUUGUUUGAGGUAUAGUGCACAACAACAAAACACUUUUAUCACGGCAACUGGUUUUGUACAUUCACCUCUGAUCUAGAUGUGUGAAGGCUAGUGUAUUUUCUGUAGGGAAGCUAAUGAUCCAUCAUUUAUGACAUUCCUGGGAGUGUGCAAACUUACAUUUUGUAUUACCAUAGCAUUUUUGUAUGUUCUCUAUAGUUAUGUACUUGAAAACCAAUUCGGCACAUUUGGGAAAACUCAUGGCAGACUUCAUACAAAAUAUUGUGUUGUGAUGUAAUUCUUCACUGGAUCAGUCUGAAACUUUGCACACACACUGCUGCCAUCUGGUGGACAACAUCUAAUUUACAUCUAGAAUCCUACAUCACUGUCUGGCCUUUCUCUUGCAUUUCAAAGAUGAUGCAACAAAAAUAUACAGUGGGGAGAACAAGUAUUUGAUACACUGCCGAUUUUGCAGGUUUUCCUACUUACAAAGCAUGUAGAGGUCUGUAAUUUUUAUCAUAGGUACACUUCAACUGUGAGAGACGGAAUCUAAAACAAAAAUCCAGAAAAUCACAUUGUAUGAUUUUUAAGUAAUUAAUUUGCAUUUUAUUGCAUGACAUAAGUAUUUGAUACAUCAGAAAAGCAGAACAUAAUAUUUGGUACAGAAACCUUUGUUUGCAAUUACAGAGAUCAUACGUUUCCUGUAGGUCUUGACCAGGUUUGCACACUCCUCCAUACAGACCUUCCCCAGAUCCUUCAGGUUUUGGGGCUGUCGCUGGGCAAUACGGACUUUCAGCUCCCUCCAAAGAUUUUCUAUUGGGUUCAGGUCUGGAGACUGGCUAGGCCACUCCAGGACCUUGAGAUGCUUCUUACGGAGCCACUCCUUAGUUGCCCUGGCUGUGUGUUUCGGGUCGUUGUCAUGCUGGAAGACCCAGCCACGACCCAUCUUCAAUGCUCUUACUGAGGGAAGGAGGUUGUUGGCCAAGAUCUCGCGAUACAUGGCCCCAUCCAUCCUCCCCUCAAUACGGUGCAGUCGUCCUGUCCCCUUUGCAGAAAAGCAUCCCCAAAGAAUGAUGUUUCCACCUCCAUACUUCACGGUUGGGAUGGUGUUCUUGGGGUUGUACUCAUCCUUCUUCUUCCUCCAAACACGGCGAGUGGAGUUUAGACCAAAAAGCUAUAUUUCUGUCUCAUCAGACCACAUGACCUUCUCCCAUUCCUCCACUGGAUCAUCCAGAUGGUCAUUGGCAAACUUCAGACGGGCCUGGACAUGCGCUGGCUUGAGCAGGGGGACCUUGCGUGCGCUGCAGGAUUUUAAUCCAUGACGGCGUAGUGUGUUACUAAUGGUUUUCUUUGAGACUGUGGUCCCAGCUCUUUUCAGGUCAUUGACCAGGUCCUGCCGUGUAGUUCUGGGCUGAUCCCUCACCUUCCUCAUGAUCAUUGAUGCCCCACGAGGUGAGAUCUUGCAUGGAGCCCCAGACCGAGGGUGAUUGACCAUCAUCUUGAACUUCUUCCAUGUUCUAAUAAUUGCGCCAACAGUUGUUGCCUUCUCACCAAGCUGCUUGCCUAUUGUCCUGUAGCCCAUCCCAGCCUUGUGCAGGUCUACAAUUUUAUCCCUGAUGUCCUUACACAGCUCUCUGGUCUUGGCCAUUGUGGAGAGGUUGGAGUCUGUUUGAUUGCGUGUCUGGACAGGUGUCUUUUAUACAGGUAACGUGUUCAAACAGGUGCAGUUAAUACAGGUAAUGAGUGGAGAACAGGAGGGCUUCUUAAAGAAAAACUAACAGGUCUGUGAGAGCCGGAAUUCUUACUGGUUGGUAGGUGAUCAAAUACUUAUGUCAUGCAAUAAAAUGCAAAUGAAUUACUUAAAAAUCAUACAAUGUGAUUUUCUGGAUUUUUGUUUUAGAUUCCGUCUCUCACAGUUGAAGUGUACCUAUGAUAAAAAUUACAGACCUCUACAUGCUUUGUAAGUAGGAAAACCUAAAAGAAAAGAAAAGUAGAGUAUAGGUCAGUAGAGUACUAUACAGUAGAGCACACUAUAGAGUACAGUAUAAUUUAGUGUACUGAACUCUGCUGUACUGUACUGUGUUGACCUCUACUGUGCUGUGCUGUGCUGUACUGUCCAAACUUGUGGAACAUAGACGUCUAGGAUUGUUACAGAUUUGUUCUGGUCCAGACCAGGUGUUAAAGCACUUCACUUACUAUUAGGGCUGGGAAUUGCCAGGGACCUCACAAUAUGAUAUUAUUGCGAUUCUCACGAUUCUAUAUGUAUUGAGUCGAUACUGCGAUUUUUAUUGUGAUUUACAUUUUCCAAACCCAGAUAACACGCACACCUUUGGCCGACGUAUCAAAUUCCGUGAGGGAAUAUGUAGUUUGGAGAGCGUUUGCACAUUGGGAAGUUUUUUUAAAUUUGUAUUUUUUUUAAAUAGCAUACAACAACAAAAUACUAAACAAUAUGAUGGUUUAAAAGGUAAACAAAAAGAAAGUGCAGGAGAGGUAAGAAACCCAGAGGGGCUUGUAGUCACCCUUCUCCCCUUUCAAUGCUUAUAAAACAAAAACUGAUUUUUUUAAAGAGAAACAAAUAAUUUUAGGUUUACACAAAGAAGAAGGAAAACAGAUGGUGAAUAAGGGGGUAAAGAAGAAAAAAUAAAUGCAAGUACAGGGGGGGAGGGAGAAGUUAUUUGAUUUAAACCAGUUGUCAACAUUAUUUUGUUCCAAAUUCAUUUUACCCAUAAGUUUUUGACCGUCUUUAUCGUUACAGGAAGAUGUUGGUGUCAUCAGCAAACAAUAUAAAAAAUACACAAUCAGAAAUUAAAUACAGUCAUUAACAUAGAUCAAAAAGAGUUACUGACAAAGGAUCGAACCUUUCGGUUUUAUACUCAGAAACUCUUUGUCCAUGCAACAAACUGUUUCCUAUUGGACAGGUAACUCCUAAACCAAUCUAGUUCUGUAUUUAGGAGCUCAUACGUGCAUAGCUUCUGCAGUAGUAUUUCGUGGUCAACUCUAUGGAAAGCUUUUGAAAGGUCAAUAAAAACACCAAUGAUCAUUUAGUUGUUGUCAACAGCAUUUGAGAUAUUAUUCAAUAGUUGUACGAGUGCCAUGGAUGUAGGAUGUUGGGCUUUAGGUGAGACAUCAGAAUAGAAUGUUGAUGUCUAGCGACGUAUAAACAAUGUUGACAUUUUGAAUGUUGGCAUUCUAAAUACAUCUGCGAGACGUCUUGCCAAUGAGAAAACACUGUCUAAACGGCAUUUUCCCGAUGUAUCCUUUAUACGUUGUGCCUACGUUGGGCAGACGUACACUGAGUGUUCAAAACAUUAGGAACACCUUAAUAUUGCUCUCAGAACAGCCUCAAUUUGUCAGGCCAUGGACUAGAAGGUGUUGAAAGCAUUCCAUAGGGAUGCUGGCCCAUGUUGACUCCAAUGCUUCCCUCAGUUGUCAAGUUAGCUGGAUGUUCUUUGCGUGGUGAACCAUUCUUGAUACACACGGGAAACUGUUGAGCGUGAAACUCAGCAGCGUUGCAGUUCUUGACACACUCAAACCGGUGCACCUGACACCUGCUACCAUACCCCGUUCAAAGGCACUUAAAUAUUUGGUCUUGCCCAUUCACCCUCUGAAUGGCACACAUACACAAUCCAUGUCUCAAUUAGGGCUGUGGUGGUCACGAAAUUUCGUCAGCCGGUGAUUGUCAAGCAAAUAGCUAUUGGUCUCACGGUAAUUGACCGUUAAUUAACAUAAACACAUUUAGCAUCUCCUGGCUUCCACACAUAGCCUACAAGCCAAGUUUAAUAAAUCCAUGUAAUAUAGCCUACACCUUCGCAAUAUAGCCAUUAUUUAUUUUAGACAGGUCUAAAGAAACAUGAUAUGAAGAAAAUGUAUUCUAUUUCAGAAGAACAGAAUAGCAUACUCUGAGUUGUCCUUAUGUUAGGUCCUGAUCUGGCUAUGCCAUAUGGCUGUGGGUUACACUAGUUCAUUUAGCAGACAAGAUUUGCUUAUAAUUCCGUGGCAUUAUUUUAUAUUAUUUUAUAGUAUGAAGAAUACAAUUGAAUAAAGCUGAAUAAAAUAGAAAUAUUUUCUCCAAAUGAUUUGAGGGAGUGGGCACAUUCUGUGUUGAGCGGUUAACAAAUAAAUAGGUAUUCCUAUAUGCUUAAUUUAGAGUUAUUAAUCUAACUUUAGUUGUUCUACAAAUGUUGGGCUAUAUGUUUUGAUUUUGAAUACAUUGUAAGGCUGCAUGAUGAGACUCUAAUGAUGAUUUGAAAAAAGUCGCUUGAAAGGCAUGAGCUCUGCUUUAUUUAUUUAUUUUAUUGUUUUGUACUUUUACCCCUUUUUCUCCCCAAUUGGUAGUUAGUCUUGUCCCAUCGCUGCAACUCCCCUAUGGACUUGGCAGAGGCGAAGGUUGAGAGUCAUGCGUCCUCCGAAACGUGACCCUGCCAAGCCGCGCUGUUUCUUGACCCACUGCUCGUUUUAACCUGGAAGCCAGCCACACCAAUGUGUCGGAGGAAACACCGUCCAGCUCGCGACCGAAGUCAGCUUGCAGGCGCCUGACCCGCCACAAGGAGUCGCUAGAGCGCGAUGGGACAAGGAAAUCCCGGCCGGCCAAACCCUCCCCUAACCCGGACGAUGCUGGGCCAAUUGUGUGCCGCCUCAUGGGUCUCCUGGUCACGGCCGGCUGUGACACAGCCUGGGAUUGAACCCGGGCCUGUAGUGACGCUUCAAUCACUGCAAUGCAGUACCUUAGACCGCUGCGCCACUCAAGAGGCCCUUCUGCUUUGUUUUUUGCACAGGCUAUACACACUCCAAUAGUCUCUCAUUCACAAUUUGACAAGCACUUGAUAAUGCCUCAAAUUUUACAGCGGCAUCCCCUAUGUGGCCGUAAUGCACCCUAAAAAAAACAUGCCUUUUGUAGGCCGGAGUGCUGCGUUGUACCCUUCUCCCUGAGUGUGCUGCGCAAUCUGAAGUGUCUCUUACUCACACGGCUCUCCGUCAUGUGAUCUGGUCUUUCUCACAGGCUACAAGUUAAGACAGACACAUCGUGGACGCAGCUGCGCUCGUCCUUAUUCAAUUCCGAGGUGCAUAUUGAAGAUAUUGGAAGAACUGUCCACAUUUACUUUUCGUCAGCCAACAAGAUGAGUAGGCCUAACGAACAGCAAAAGCACUAGCCUAUGUCAAUCUACUAUCCCCCAUAGUACAAAAGUUGACCUAUUCGGUGCGAGAAAUAGAUAUUCCAAACAUAGUCUGGGACAGUUGUGGGAUGCGAUAGAUCCCAAAUGAAUACAACCUCUAUCAUCAAAAAAACUUUUUUAUGCAAUAUGGCUGACACAACUGAUCAGAAAGUUUAGCUUAAAAUUAUAAGCUUUUAUUAUAAAGCUGCAUUAUUAUGGUGAAAAUUAUCUUCCCCAAACUUGAAACUCACAUGCUGCUUAUAUAUGCCAGUUAGGCUCUACACCCCUUGUAAAGUAGAUUAAUGUGGUUUUCUCUACAGACAUAACAGUGAUAUUAAAAGCAUCUUGUGCGGUCAACAUUGUGUUGCAACCUCACGUAGGCAUAUGCGGUCAAGUCAUCAUGUGCCAAUGCCAAUCGCCUACGCACCUUGGGUAGAACGCAGCGAUAGGUGGGCAGAGCAUUGGCCAAAGCAGCCUGGUAGGAUGCCAAUGUGGCAGGCUGCUGUCAUCUGGGCUGUAUAUUUAUGGCAGUGGGCGCAGCAGGGUGGGUCUGUUGAUUGGGUGUGGGCUUGUUGAUUAACAAUGUGGUAACACACUGUGGUGAAAGAGGCCAUUUUGAAUCCAUUUAUAACUACAGUAUGUGUAAUUACUAUUUAAUAAAAUAUUAAUCGUAAAUUCAAACACAAACUGUUAUGGUCACUCUAUGAAAGGGGAGACUCUCACGAACACGAUGGUGUUCUCCGUUUUGCUCUAUGACCCACACAAGCGUCUGAAGGUAACCCAUACAAACGAAUGGAAGUAUGUCAAAUAUUUCCUUAGCUAUCUUAUAUCUCCUAGACAUAGGACAGACACUUCAAAACCUUAUUCCUUAUGAUUUUUUUUUUUCAGUCUAUUUUGCCAGUUAUGAAUGUGUUAAUCAAUGCGUUUCUAUGAACUAUAGUAGUAAAAGCCUAAUUUAAUAUUUUAUCAAAUAAAACAUUGGAAUACCUAAAGGGGUCCUAAAAUUCCAAAUGAAAUAGCUAAAUGAUCCAUGGUAUGACCAUCUUAAAACAAUUCCAUAUAUUAGCUUAGUACCCCCUCUCCACCCCAACUUUUUGAGAUGAAUGGAUAAUAUAAAUGGGAAACAAAUACAUAACAGAAGGCUACAGCAACAUUAGUUUCCAUUGGAUUCCAGUGUAUUAUUAGGCCUAGCCAUUAUAUACUGUGUGAUCAUUAUAUUAUACAAGCCUAUCAUGUUUUGCUGACGAGCACAGACUGGGUCGUUCCACCUCAAAAAGCACAAGAGAUUGUUCUGAAAUUGUUUCUGUUAGAAACAGAUACAAUUAGCAUUCCAACAACAUUAUUUUGUUGAAAUAAAAUGUGAUCUCUGAGCAAUUAAGCUAAUUGAUUGCACCCAAAUUGGCAAUUUUACAGCAUUGUUGGUUAAGGGCUUGUAAGUAAGCAUUUCACUGUAAUGUCUACACCUGUUGUAUUCGGCGCAUGUGGCAAAUAAGAUUUGAUUUGAUGUGAUUUAAAAUCCGAUUUGGACCAAACUUUUUUCUAGGUAUGGUACUGCAUUGUAUACAAACACCACUUCCAGCUGCCAACUGGCGCCGAUUCUAAAUAUUUCUUCAGCCAUUCAAAUCCUCCUGCAGAAGGAUUAUUUUACUCCUGUACAGUGUGGCUUGAGAAGUGGUGAUGAUCAAAUAUUGCUUAUGCCUAUUCUGUACAUACAAAUAAGUUAAAUGUCAAUCUUACAUGAGGGAAAUACAGCGCAUCCUGUAAAAGAUCAAUGCUGAUCAAGCGUGCCUUUGAAGUGGGAGAUUAGAUAAGGUUCAUUAAGUGACUGUCAGAUAUUAACAAGUGGAAUGGGUUUGGGUGCAUCGUACAAUUGAAUACUACAGUAGAUGUGUAGCCGUUGAACCUCUCAGGUUUUCUGAGGGUUUCACGGUAACAGCUGAUCUUUGUACUGUUCAGUAUUCUUCUGACUCCGUAGAGACAGGAAGGGCAGCCCUCCUGUAUCUGUCAAGAACAGGUUCGACCACUGUGUGCUGCACUUUUGCCUCUUGUGUUAUCUGUACAUCAGGGGAAAAGGGAUUGGGAUGAGCUAGCUUGUGUGUGCUUAGCUCUGAGCUGCAAUGUGUGACUAACUAUUCUCUUUCUGGCCGUAUUCUGGGCUGAGCAGUCAUCUCAGUGCUGUGUUAAUGCGUACUCACUGCUAAUCUGAGGCGGAAGGAAUGGGAGCCCAGGGCUUGUCUGUCUCUGUCUGCUCUGCCAGACUGGAACACAGAUGCAAACAGUGCUGCUGCUGCUCCGCUCAGAGUCAGUCUGGCCUUUUCCCUGACUCAGUGUCCUCAUAAGUCUGAUAGCAGCACAUGCUCCUGGCAGUCGGCUCCCCCUCCCUCUCCCAAAUCUUUCUCUCUCUCUUUGGCUCUGUCCUUCUCUCUCACAUCUUAUUGCUCAUGCCCUCUCUCCCAAUCCCCCACUCCAAAUCUCUUUUGUUGUCAGUCCCAUCCCCCCUCCCCCUUGUCUCGCUUUUUUAUUAAUCCAUCUCUUCACUCCGGCAGUAUUUCUGCUCCUCGCCCCCCCUUUUCUUUUUACAUCAUCAUGACACAGUUGGUCAGGGCAGCAGGUUUUUAGCAGUCAGGCGUUAUGUGACAUCAGUGCUAUAGAAUUUUAGUUUACAUAAGAUCCAUAUCCGUGUAUUUAAUAAAUGAAAACCGGUAUCCAUUCAGGGUUUUAAAAAAUGGGGAUGCAUAGCUUUGCAAAACAGCUGCCAAUCCUCCCCACGCAGGGUCAUUCUAAAUCUCCUGUGACGUUUUGCGGCCAUAGAGAGCUUGGCUGGCUCCGAAACAUCUAAAGUAUUCACGAUAAUAGCUACAUGUAGUAAUUAUGGCUGGAGAAGACACAUGCCAUGUUUAUGCUUGUUCCUCCUCAGUUCUGGCAUCUGCGGGGCUUGUGAGAUCUCUCGUGUGUUUGUCUCCCCCUGCAGAUCAGUCAAGGUAAUGUCCCAGGCGUUGAGAGUGCUUCGCUGGCCAUGGACACAGAGGAGGGAGUGGAGGUGGUGUGGAAUGAGGUGCUCUUCAAUGACAGGAAGGUCUUCAAGGCACAGGAGGUAUGGCAAAGUCAGACAGAGGCUGUGCACCCUAUUCCCUAUAUAGUGCACUACUUUUGACCAGGGUCCAUAGGGCACUAUAUAGGGAAUAGGGUGCCAUUUGGGAUGCAGACAGAGUUUCUAUUGUCAAUGGCUAUAUGUUCCAUUCAGAGGAGGCUGGUGGGAGGAGCUAUGGGAGGAUGGGCUCAUUGUAAUGGAUUAAUCAAUGGAACGGAGUCAAACGUGGUUCCCAAAUGUUUGAUGUGUUUGAUACUGUUCCAUUUAUUUCAUUCCAGCCAUUACAAUGAGCAUGUCCUCCCAUCAGCCUCCUCUGGUUCCAUUCUAUGUACUUCUCCAGAGCGAGCUCACAAAUGGAAGUAGAAGUCACUGAUUUAUAAGUGCAUAUUUUGGCGAACCACCUACUACUGUACAUAUGUACUCAAACCUCUCCCCACCCCAUCUGUUUUUCAGGAAAAGAUAAAGGAGAUGUUUGAGAACCUAAUGCAGGUUGAGCACCCAAAUAUAGUCAAGUUCCAUAAGUACUGGCUGGACAUGAGAGAGAGUCGAGCUCGGGUAAGUCUGCUAUCUAUACUGAACAAAAAUACAAACGCAACAUAUAAAGUGUUGGUCCCAUGUUUCAUGAGCUGAAAUAAAAGAUCCCAGAAAUGUUCCAUACGCACAUAAAGCUUAUUUCUCUCAAAUGUUGUGCACACAUUUGUUUACAUCCCUGUUAGUGAGCAUUUCUCCAUUGCCAAGAUAAUCCAUCCACCUGACAGGUGUGGCAUAUCAAGAAGCUGAUUAAACAGCAUGAUCAUUACACAGGUGCACCUUGUGCUGGGGACAAUAAGGCCACUCUAAAAUGUGCAGUUUUGUCACACAACACAGUUUUGAUGGAGCGUGCAAUUGGCAUGCUGACUGCAGGAAUGUCCACCAGAGCUGUUGCCAGAGAAUUGAAUAUUAAUUUCUCUACCAUAAGCCGCCUCCAAUGUCGUUUUAGAGAAUUUGGCAGUACGCCCAACCGGCCUCAACCGCAGACCACGUGUAACCACGCCGGCCCAGGACCUCCACAUCCGGCUUCUUCACCUGCGGGAUCAUCUGUGGAGGGGGGAGGGGGGGUGCUGAGGAGUAUUUAUGUCUGUAAUAAAGCCCUUUUGUGGGGAAAAACGAAUUCUGAUUGGCUGGGCCUGGCUCCCCAGUCGGUGGGCCUAUGCCCUCCUAGGUCCACCCAUGGCUGUGCCCCUGCCCAGUCAUGUACAAUCCACAGAUUAGGGCCUAAUGAAUGUAUUUAAAUUGACCGAUUUCCUUCUAUGAACUGUAACUCAGUAAAAUCUUUGAAAUUGUUGCAUGUUGCGUUUUAUAUUUUUGUUCAUUAUAGAUCAAUGUCUAUGCCCUACCAUUCUCACUCACUCUCGGGAAAUGUUUCUCUCCCCGUCUCUUAGAUCUCUUGGUUUGGUCUGCAGACUGAUAGUAUCUCUCUCUGCUAUCUGUUGACAGGUCAUCUUUAUCACAGAGUACAUGUCCUCAGGAAGCCUAAAGCAGUUUCUCAAGAAAACCAAGAAAAACCAUAAGACCAUGAAUGUCAAGGUCAGUGUAUCUCUCCCAUAGGGGAAAUACCCUCUGACAUCUGUGACACUAGUCAGUUAAUUACAUCCUUGUUGAUUCCCACAGUACCAUGAGGUGGGUUGUGUUCAGUAGGGAGAAAAGGUUUGAAACGGGUAGGGAAUACCUGAACUGCCCCUUUCAGUUGGUCAGCUCCGUAUGGGAAGAGUGGGCUAAAUUGAGCCAAAGGGGUAAGUUGAGCCACCCUUGUUUCUAGGAAACCAUACACAAAAUUAAUCAUUUGACCAAAUAUUUAGGAAGAGGUCAUCAUUUCAUGGAGUUUGUGAAGGAAUACACCAUAUGGAAAAAGUGGUAAGCAAGUUAGGUCCAAAUAAACAUUUCCACCAAGUCAAAUGUAUUUAUUAUAUUAGAAGUUUCAUGAUGCCUGUAUCUAAACCAAAGUAGAUAAUUUUAUGAUUGUUCUAUACAUCAUUUGGGGUCUCUAUAAGCUUCAAUAUGAGGUCCUAAACAUAGCAAGAAAGUGCAUCCUUGUAGCUGUGUGGGCCCAAUAUAGUGUUUUCUUCCCAGGUGUAAUGCAAGGCAUUAUCACUGGGAUAUGAGGUAACAACAGGCCCUGGCCUAUGUUAAAGGUGUUUUAGAAAGUACAAAGUGUUUGUUAGGUGUUAAGCCUGUGUUAAAAGAUGCUUAAAAUUAUUAAAAGACAAAAAAGUUAUUGUGUUUGGGAAAUAAAGAUGGACAUGGUUUUUAAAAAGGUAGUGGUAAUAUUAACUUACCCUGUCCCGCUGCUCAAUUUACCCCAUACCCAGGGUAAGUUGUGCCAAGAGACCACUUUAUUUUGGACAAGCUAUGUUUUUAAAACUGUAAUGUUUACAUUAAUUCUGAUUAUUUCCAGGGAUACACAACAUCCUGAAAUAUAUGUAGAUAUCUUUGUUAUAAAGAACACUAUAUUUCCCUUGACGGAGAGAUGCUGAAUACAACACAGUAAUGGGGAGUUCGCACACUAGCACCCUCUACUGAAGAACAUUAGAAUCAUGCCUGACAAGGCCAAUGAACAUGAUUAAUUCCUUCAGUUCUUCCGCUCUUCACCUCGAGCUGAGCAGAACAAUACAGGUAUUUCUUAAACAAACAUUGGAAUGCGACAUUUAUCAGGCUUUACUCCAACUUAACUGUCCCACUUAAGGAGGGUGAGCUCAUCCUUCUGGACAUUGUGUGUUCAAGUUUGGUAGCUAGUUUCGUGAAGUUCCCUACCAAUUUGUUAGUUAUUCUUCUGCCUGUUUAGCCUCGCUAACUGGUUGUAAUCAGGGUUGGGUAGGGUACUUUCUAAAUGUAAUCCAUUACAUUUACUAGUUACCUAUCCAAAAUUGUAAUCAGUAACGUAACUUUUGGAUUACCCAAAAGCAGUAACGUAAUCUGAUUAGUUUCCAUGACUUUUGGAUUACGUUCCCCUUAAAAGGCAUUAGAAGAAGACAAAAUGGAUCCAUCAAACGCAUUUGGUGUGUCCUCAUGGUCUCUGAUUGGUGGUCAUCAUUUGGUGUGUCAUCAUGGUCUCUGAUUGGUGGUCAUCAUUUGGUGUGUCAUCAUGGUCUCUGACUUGUGGUCAGACUCACUCAGGUGCAACAAACUUUUUGCUGAAUUGAAUGUCAUUGAGAAAACAGAAAGGUGUCAUAAUGUAUUUUAUUCUCGCAAACAUCCUUUCUGAAGAUGUAAUAUUUCUAAGGUAUCUGUAAUCUGAUUACUUGUAACAUAACCGAUUACAGUUCGUUUUUUUAAAAAUCAAAUUACAUGUAACUCCCCAACCCCGGUUGUAAGUAAGAUGACUAGCACGAACAAGUCAACAAAGUCUGUUAAGCCAGGUCACGACCUUGCCCAAAUGGGUGCAUGCUCAGGCUGGGUGCAUGCUCAGGCUGCCCUGGAUCGAACCAGCUUUUGCGUGUAGCCUUCCUUAGAAGGCUUGGUGGGACUGAAGUUGAAUUUCCUUCCCCAGGUGCCUGAACCUCGGCGGAGUCUGAGUUGCAGGAUACGUGGGUGGAUCUGGGCUCGUUAUUUGGAUCACAUGUAGCUAUCCUCCCAGCGUGGCGACAUAGAGCCGGCUGAUAUCUCGGUGUCCUUCGGUGUUACACAGGACUCACGUUCGGAUGACGACGUUGUGUCUCUGGCCGCUUCCGUUUUUUUAUCUGAGACAGAGUUGGAGGGUUUGGCUUCAGGGCAACCACACGUCCCUGCUACAGGUGGAAUAGCAGGGGAAUCCCUGGGUUCUAGCGCGGCUCUCAUUGAUCUAUUCACAUCCAAUAGUUCACUUUUUUCAGACAAUCUUUCAGAAAAGUUGUUUAACAAUUUUUUUUCAGAAAUAUAAAAUAGAGAUCCAGCAACAAGCUUUACACUCUCAGAAAAAAAGGUGCUAUGUAGAACUAUAUAGGUUUUGUCACCAUAGGGGAACCCGUUUUGGUGCUAGGUAGAAUCCUUUGCAGAGGGUUCUACCUAGAACCCUCUUAUCUAGGGUUCUUCAUAGAACACCCUGUAAAUGGUUCUACCUAGAACCCUCUAUAAAGGAUUCUACUGAGAACCCUUUUAUCUUUGAAAGGUUCUUCCUAGAACCCUUUAUGAACGGUUCAACUCAAUAUUAGGAAGGUGUUUCUAAUGUUUGGUAUACUCAGUGUAUGUUACUUAUCUUUGUGUAGCAUAAGAUUAAUCAACCAUUCAAUACAGGCAAAAACACAGGUAUUGAAACAAUUCUGAAAAUCAACUUGCAAUAAAGCAUGCUGGGUAAUAUGAUAAUAAGGGAGUAGUUUUUAGUGUUUACUUGUCAGUGGAGUGGCCGUCCUCCCAGCCUGCGCGGAAGGCAUCCAGGUUUGGUGGGAAAUACCUGCCACCGGUGCUAGCCGCAGUCAAGCACCGCCUGCCUCUGUUUCCAGACUUCAUCAAUGAGCUUAAGAUGACCUGGGCCCAGCUGCAUUCAGCCAAGCUGAUAUUGCAUGGGUAUGGAGGGGGCCGGGCUUGUCCACACUCCUCCAGUGGAUUGGAAGCUAGCCGGCUGCCUAGCCCCAUGGGCUAACAAAGGGAUGGCUAACCCCAACCCAUCGUUCCCAAAUAAGCACUGUCGUUUUUCCGGGUCCCGGUUUGACUGGCCCUGGUUUACUGGGCCCAGGGGGUGGACGCCUGGUCCCUGAACACGGUCACAGUGCUGCAGGUUUACCAGACUGAGCUGUUGGCUGACCUGGCCACAGUUCUGGCUAAUGGGGAGCAGAGCUUUUAGAUGAGAUUUGUGCUACGGAUGAUUUUUGUCUUGUCCCGUUGCACUGUCUCUUGGCGCUCGGAAGAAGCAUGGAGGCUACGGUGGUGGCACAGUGGCACCUUUGAUUGACUUUGUCGCAGGUGCCGGAGAGAGAGAGAGGUAGUUAUACUUGGACGACUCGAUUUCUCCUAUGAGGUUGUUCGGCUCGGCCCUGGAGUCUAUGCAGUCUCAUUUUGUGAAGAAAAAAGAAGCAGGAGGCGGCGCUGCGCGUUUUCCUUCCUUGGAGGACCUUUGCUGCUGCGGCAGCAUCAUCUUCUAGAGGGUCUGCAGACAGAGGUACGGCGGCUAAGCGGGUUGCCCUGGAAGUCUGCUCCUGCUUCCACAAAUUCUCCCAGUCCACAAGGUGGCGUUCCGCCCCUUCAGAUGGCACUUUACGGGAGACUCGCUGUCUGUGUCGACCAAUGGCGCCCUUUAUUAUGUGAAAAGUGAUGUUUGGGGUACAGGCUACAAUUCGUUGUACGUCCCCCACGUUUUUACGCCGCCAUUACGUCGACUGUUCCCGAGGCCUCAGCGCCCGUUUUGAGGGAGGACAUUCCUUCCCUUCUCCAGAAGCAGGCAGUCCGAGUGGUACCUAUGUCAGAGGCCCAUGACAACUGGUACAGCUGGGAUUUCCUGGUUCCCAAAAGGGGGGUCCGUCCAAUUUUAGACCUGAGUGCCCUAAACAAGCGCCUCAGGGUCUACAAAUUCAGAAUGCAUGAACAGCCUGUUGUACAGUCAGUGUGCCCGGGCGAUUGGUUCACCUCCAUCGACCUGAAGGAUGCGUACUUUCAUGUGGCCAUAUAUCCCCCUCACAAAAAGUUUCUGAGGUUCCAUUUCAAGGCUGUAGCAUACUGGUCCUCCCUUUUGGCCUUUCCCUCUCGCCUCGCACUUUCACCAAAGUUGUGAAGAGGGGUUUGGCACAUAUGUGUUGCACACAUUACAUUUGACAUUUUAGUAAUUUACCAGACGCUCUUAUCCAGAGCGACUUACAGUUAGUGAGUGCAUAUAUUUUUAUACUGGCCCCCCUGGCGCCCUGUGGGAAUCGAACCCACAACCCUGGCGUUGCAAGCGCCAUGCUCUACCAACUGAGCUACACGGGGCCAUGCUGGUUUCCUAUGUUCAGUCUCUGGAUUUCAUAGAGAAUCAAGAGAAGAGCUGUUUCACUCCAUCUCAGCACAAUCUAUUUCUGGGUCUCAAGUUAGACUCAGGCGAGAAUUGUGCAUUCUUGUCCCCACAGAGGGAGACGGGUCUCCGUCUUUGCUUGGCCCUAUUUUUUUUUCACUUUUUUCCGCAUUUAUUUAACCAGGUAAGCCAGUUGAGAACAAGUUCUCAUUUACAACUGCGACCUGGCCAAGAUAAAGCAAAGCAAUUUCGGAUGGGUGACAAUGCAUUUUCACCAGUGCUCGCGCCUAUUGGGGAUGAUGGCUUCUAUGAUAGCCGUGGUUCCCCUCGGCUGUUGCUGAUGCGACCUUUCCAGUGGUGGGUGAUAGACACUCGCUUGGACACCUAGCCCCACCUAAACCGGUCACUCCGGGUGUCCACGUCAUGCCUACGGGUUCUGGCUCGGUGGAGGGACCCGCGGUUGUUGUCGCUGGGGACGCCCAUGGGUCAAGUUAUAUCCCGCAAGGUGAUCACGACACACACAUUUCCCCGAUGGUUGUGUGCGCUGUGUGAGGGCAGCUCAAUUUGGGGGUUGGGGACAGUGAUGCUGAGCGCACUGCAUAUCAGUUACCUGGAGCGGUUGGCGGUGUGCAUAGCGCUCAGGCGUUUUCUCCCGUUGUUGGCAGGCCAGCUGGUGAGGACCAACAACGGGACAGUGGUGGCGUACAUCAACAGACUUAUCCUUAGCUCUCUCUCUACUGCUGUGGAGCAGUGCGCACUUUCCCUAGCUCCUAGUAACUCAUCUUCCCAGGCGCUUCAACACGGGCGCGGAUCUGCUAUCCAUGGGGGGCCCCCACUCUCAGGAGGCUGCACACCUGGGUGGUCUCCCAGAUAUGGGAAAUAUUAGUCGGGGCCAACGUGGAUGUUUACGCAUCGCAAGAAAAUGAGCAUUGUCUGCAAUUUUUCUCGAUAAGGGACCUGAGUGCUCCAUUGGGAACGGAUGCUCACGUGCACCAGUGGCCUCUGACCCUCCUUUACGCCUUUCCUCCUGUGGAGCUGAUUCAGCGUCAGGAGGGCUUGCCGUUGCCUUGUGGCUCCCCGUUGGCCCGAACGACCUUUCCUAUGUUCAGUCUCUGGGUUUCAUUGUGAAUAAUUUCUGUACUUUCAUGUCGCGGAGAUCAUUGGCCUUUUGGGCGGGGACUCGUGGCAACUCCCGUUGCGCAGGAACCUGUUGUCCCAGGCGCAUGGGCAUGUCUGGCACCUGCAGCCGGCAAUUUGGAAUCCAAUCUGAUGGCAAGGAGUUUAUAGCUGAAUGCUAUUGCGACUAUACAGUCUGCAAGGGCACCCUCCAUGAAAGGGUUGUAUGGAUAUAAAUGGCGGGCAUUCAUGCUUUGGUGCCAAAAUAAAGGAAUUGUUCCUUUUCAGAGCUCUCUGGUGGACAUUUUAAUGUUCUUACAGGGGCUUUUCGAGCAGGGCUGUUCAUUCUCCACCCUGAAGGUGUAUAUGGUAGCUAUUUCAGCGUGUCAUGUGGAAAUUGAUGGUGCCACUCCAGUGGCUCAUCCCCUUGCGGUGCGGUUUUUAAAAGGUGUGUGCCGUCUCAGGCCGGUUUCUAAACCUAUUGAGCCCACUUGGGAUAUGACUUUGGUUUUGGAUGUGCUGUGUGAGGCCCCCUUUGAACUGAUGGAGUCUGUGGAUCUGAAGAUCCUCUCCUACAAGACCGUACUGCUCGUGGCUUUGGCCUCGGCUUAACGCUUUGGAGAUCUCCACACGUUAAUCCGUUCACCCCACCCCGCCCUUGGCAACUCCAAGGUGACGUUGCGUCCUAAUGCAGCCUUCACCCCUAAGGUCAUGACUAUGUCCUACAGGUCUCUAGAUUUUGAACUUUUUCCAUUUCUGCCUCCUCCGUUUGCUUCUGAGGAGCAGCGAACGUUACAUGCCCUAUGUCUGGUACGAGCGUUACGCAUGUACAUUGAGCAGACCAGGGGAGUCCAUUUGUGCGACCAACUGUCUGUUUUGGUAAACCGGCUCGUGGUAGAGUGCUUUCUAAGCAGUGUAUCUACCACUGGAUUGUGGAGGCUAUUGCUCUGGCAUAUGACAGCAAAAGGCAAGAAUUACCUAACGGUAAUCCCCCCCCCCAAAAAAAAAAAAAAACUAACGGUGUAUGCGCCCACUCCACCAGUGGUCUGGCGGCGUCUUUGGUGUUGUUUAAAGGGUUGCCUGUAGGAGAUAUUUGUGCUGCGGUGAGUUGGGCAUCAUCACACACUUUUUUGUGAGGUUUUAUCGCUUGGAUGUCACUGCCCCCAGUGUAGCCUAUAUCGUGAUUUCAGCUGGGGCAUGAGAGGGUCAUGAGGCAGCACGCAGAUUUUCCUGUCAGGUUGGAAUUCUGGGUGGGCCAUUUCAUUUGGUGUCCGCUUGGGACGUGAUUUCGUAUCCCCAUUGCUGUGUUGUACCGGGUCGACCGACUGAAAUGAAAUGUUCCGUUAUGACUAUAACUACUGUUCCCUGAAGGAGGGAAACGAGGUACAACACCUGUUCGGCCUCGCGCCGCCUAGUUCUGGCCUCAGUGAAGUGGGGGUACUGAAUUGGUUUGUGCUGUGGUGGAGACCUCUGUGGGCUAUACUCGGCCUUGUCUCAGGAUUGUAAGUUGGUGGUUGGGGAUAUCCCUCUAGUGGUGCGGGGGCUGUGCUUUGGCGGAGUGGGUGGGGUUAUAUCCUUCCUGUUUGGCCCUGUCCGGGGGUUUCUUCGGAUGGGGCCACAGUGUCUCCGGACCGCUCCUGUCUCAGCCUCCAGUAUUUAUGCUGCAGUAGUUUAUGUGUCGGGGGGCUGGGGUUAGUUGGUUAUACCUGGAGUACUUCUCCUGUCUUAUCCAGUGUCCUGUGUGAAUUUAAGUAUGCUCUCUCUAAUUCUCUCGUUCUCUCUUUCUCUCUGAGAACCUGAGCCCUAGGACCAUACGUCAGGACUACCGGGCAUGAUGACACCUUGCUGUCCCCAGUCCGCCUGGCCUUGCUGCUAUUCCAGUUUCAACUGUUCUGCCUGCGGCUACGAAACCCCUACCUGUCCCAGACCUGCUGUUUUCAACUCUUAAUGAUCGGCUAUGAAAAGCCAACUGAGAGACCUGAGCCCUAGGACCAUACGUCGGGACUACCGGCCGUGGUGACUCCUUGCUGUCCCCAGUCCGCCUGGCCUUGCUGCUAUUCCAGUUUCAACUGUUCUGCCUGCGGUUAUGGAACCCCUACCUGUCCCAGACCUGCUGUUUUCAACUCUUAAUGAUCGGCUAUGAAAAGCCAACUGAGAUUUAUUCCUGAUUAUUAUUUGACCAUGCUUGUCACUUAUGAACAUUUUUGAACAUCUUGGCAUGGUUCUGUUAUAAUCUCCACCCGGCACAGCCAGAAGAGGACUGGCCACCCCUCAUAGCCUGGUUCCUCUCUAGGUUUCUUCCUAGGUUUUGCCUUUCUAGGGAGUUUUUCCUAGCCACCGUGCUUCUACACCUGCAUUACUAGCUGUUUGGGGUUUUAGGCUGGGUUUCUGUACAGCACUUCGAGAUAUUAGCUGAUGUAAGAAGGGCUAUAUAAAAUAAAAUUGAUUGAUUGAUUGAUGAAUCCUUGUCAGGCGCUGUUCUAAUGUUAUUCAGUAGAGGGUGCUAGCGAGCCAACUCCCCAUAGCUGUGUUUUUACCUUGUUUCCCUCCUUCAGGAAACAGUAGUUGCAGUCCUAACUGUAUGUUUAUUUCCUCGCAAACUUCAACCAUAUUCCACUUUUUAAGUGUCUGCUGUUCACUCUGUCAUGUAUUCCAGGCUUGGAAGAGAUGGUGUACCCAGAUUCUCUCAGCCCUCAGGUAAGACCAAUAACUUUCUCUCAUCCUCUCGAUUAUAGCCAAUGGCAGGGUAAACUAUUAAUCUAGGAAUGGGGUCUUUAACUCUUGUUCCAGUCUCUAACACAUCUGAUUCUACUAAUCAUGUUCCAGCAGCUCUCCAGGGCCAAAGUGUUCAGUCAGAGUUGGAGACCCAAAGUGUUCAGUCAAGUGAAUGGAUCUUCAAUUGCCAUCUUAUUUAUCCCCAGUUACCUGCACUCCUGUGAGCCGCCCGUCAUCCAUGGCAACCUGACCUGUGAUACCAUCUUCAUCCAACACAACGGCCUCAUCAAGAUUGGCUCAGGUCUCACACCGCAAAGAUGUUCUACCUAAUCCUAACCCGAACCUAACUAAAACCUAACCCUGUCGUAACAUGCAUUAGGAACAGUUCAAUUGUGACUUGAGAGCUUCAUCUGAAUAAAUGGUAGCAAAAACAGUUCGCAUUGCAUGCUAGCAAACCCCUAUACUGUACAUUGUGUACUACAACUGCCCAAAUAUGUAUUAUCAUUGUUCUUCUAUCUUUGCAACUGAAGUUAAUACUGGAUACCCUGCUCUUUUCUAUCCACAGUAUGGCACCGGUUGUUUGUGAAUGGUAUGAACCAUAUAAUGUGCCGCACAUCUAUCUUAUUCGCAGUGAACGUCACAAUAUUCUGUGUAGUCUGGUGUCUGGGUUUCAUUUUCUAGCUGCCUGUCUUGUCCUCCCAGUGUUUCUGGAGGCCAGUGUUCAUGGUAAAGUCCGCGCACACCGAGACGAGCAGAGGAACCUGCACUUCUUCUCUCCUGAAUACGGCUGUGAGUGUUUUACUGAGCCUUCCUCGACUUUGAUAAAGUAUAUGUACUGUAUGUCUGGUCUUCAUGCUUUUAUUAGUUGCCAGUUUCACUAUGGAAUUUCCCACCAUGCUGUGACCAGGCAGUUAAUAUCAUACAUGUUAUGUUCGAAUAAACGCUGUUUCUCUCUCUCUAUGUCUAGCAGCUGAGGAUUACUAUGCCAUUGACAUCUUCUCCUUCGGGAUUUGUGCUCUAGAGGUGAGCACCCAGCUGCAAUAG